UAUGUGCGGCAGUCGGGUACGCCGGCAGCGUUUGGGCUUCUGUUUGUGUGAGAGGACAUUUAAAUAGCCACACCGUGAAGCCGCGAAGCUCCGUAAUAACGCAUUUAUUAAGGCAAACAGCUCCACAAACAGCGCCUCGGUCCGCACUCGGCACUGUCUCUCUGCGCGAAAAACGUUCAGUUUGUCCGUAGAGCUUUAAAAAUGAGCGACGAAGAAGACUUAAUGCAGAAAGCCCGAACCAGGUUCGAUGAUCUGUGCCGAGCCCUUAACAUGGACGAAGAGGCGAGUACCGAGGCAUGGAGGAGCUACGAGAGCAUGAGCAGGAACUUUACUCUGGAGGGCAGCGAGCUGCACUGGUUGGCCUGCGCUCUGUAUGUGGCCUGCAGGUCUUCAGUGCCGACGGUGGGGAAAGGCACCGCUGAGGGGAACUACGUCUCUCUGACCAGGAUCCUCCGCUGCUCAGAAAUGAGUCUGAUCGAGUUCUUCAGUAAGAUGAAGAAGUGGCAGGACAUGGCCAACCUGCCGCAGGAUUUCCGUCAGAGCACGGACAAGUUGGAGCGCAACUUCACCGUGUCGGCCGUCAUCUUCAAGAAGUAUGUCCCCAUCUUCAGAUCCAUCUUCAAGGCUCCGUCUGAGGAGCCGCCGCGGGUUCACCGCAGCCGCAAGCAGAGACGCCAUCCAUGCACUGUGAGCGAAGUCUUCAACUUCUGCUGGGUGCUGUUUGUCCAUGCUAAAGGGAACUUCCCCAUGAUCAGCGACGACCUGGUGAACUCGUACCACCUGCUGCUGUGUGCCUUCGACCUCGUCCUCACUAACGCACUGCUGUGCAACGCCAGGAAAGACCUGCUGAACCCUGACUUUAAAGGUCUCCCAGAAGACUUCAGCAACAAGGACUACAGGCCGUCUGCAGGCCCGUUCUGUUUCAUCCAGCAGCUGUGUGAGCUGCACGACGGCCUGGUGCUGGAGGCCAAGGGAGUCAAAGAGCAUUUCUGGAAACCGUUCAUCCGGAAGCUCUUCCACAAGCGGAUUCUCAGAGGAAAGGAAGACAGUCUGACUGGUUUUCUGGAUCCUAUGAACUUUGGAGACAGUCUCCUGUCGCUCAGCCGGCUCUAUGAGGAACACGUUCUGGCUACCGGCAGUCUGGAUGAGAGGAUCUUCACUGGAGAGGGGGCGAAUGAGAACAUCGGGACGCCCGGGCCUUGCCUCUGUGACGGGAUGGAGAGCCAGGACAGCGCCACCUACAGGCUGAGCACUAACCUGACUGCCUCGGCUCUGAAGGUCUCCACUCCGCUGACGGGGAGGAAGUACGUCCAGGAGGUCCGACUGUCGUCUCCACUGUCGUACGCCAUGAAGAGCGUGGGCCGUCUUCACACGCUGCUGUCAGGGACCAAACACGGGCCGAGCGCCAAGCUGACCGAGACUCUGAGAGGCUGCGCCAGAGACCCCAGUGAUGUCAUCAGCCAGCGCCUGAAGGAGAUGUUUGGCGUUUACUCUCAGCAUUAUGAAGACAGCGGCGCUGAAACCAAAGUGAUGGAGAAAGAGUUGGCAGUGAAGUACUUCCACCUGGCGGAGGCGCUCUACUACAGGAUCCUGGAGUCCAUCAUAGAGCGAGAGAAGAUGAUCCUGGGAGACGCUGACCUGUCUUGUAUUCUGGAGCAGGACAUCUUCCACCGCUCUCUGCUGGCCUGCUGCCUGGAGAUCGUCACUUUCUCCUACAGGCCUCCAGGAGAUUUCCCCAACGUGAUCAACAUCUUCCAGCUCCCUGCUUAUCAUUUCUACAAGGUGAUUGAGGUGCUGGUGCGCUCAGAGCAGGGUCUGUUUCGGGAGGUGGUGAAGCACCUGAACCAGGUGGAAGAGCAGGUUUUGGAGAGUCUGGCUUGGACCAGCGACUCCCCGCUGUGGCAGAGCCUCCGUUCAGCCAAAGUGCCUUCGUGUCAGGAGGUGAUGCCUCCUCAGUAUCUGGAGCAAAGCGAGGAAGCCAACAGCGGGAGCAUUCCCCUCACACCCGUCAAGUCUGGACCUGAUCUUAGAACCAACAGCAUCGUCAAAGGUGUGUCUCCGUCCCCCACCAGCCUGCAGGACAGGUACAACUCCCCCCCCACUGGUGGGUUUCGUCGGCGUCUGUUUGUUGAGCCGGUGGAAGGCGAGCCCAGCGCCACCUCCACCGGCUCCAGCGCUCUGACCAGCCCGCCGCAGACCCCCAUCCCAAAGACGGGUCCGUCCAGCAUCGUCACCGCCAUCCCAGCUGGACAGACUGUGUUCACCGUCACCACCAACAACGGCCAGACCAUGACCAUUCCUUUACAGGGUAUAGCCAAUGAGAGCGGGAGCAUCACUUUGAUCCCUGUGCAGAUGGGUGGAGCCACGCUGCAGCCACUCUCAGCUCAGACUCUGACCGGCACCCUCACCAUUCAGUCACCCGUCACCAAACCGGCCGCUAAAGCAGCUAGCAGCUCGCUGAGGAAAGGCUCUCUGUCUCUGUUCUUCAGGAAGGUGUAUCACAUGGCCAGCGUCCGUCUCAGGGACCUCUGUGCCAAACUGGACAUCUCAUCGGAGCUGAGGAGGAGGAUCUGGACGUGUUUCGAAUAUUCUGUGGUUCACUGCGCUGACAUGAUGAAGGACCGUCACAUGGACCAGCUGCUCAUGUGUGCCGUUUACGUCAUGGCUAAGGUGACCAAAGAAGACCGGUCCUUCCAGAACAUCAUGAAGUGUUACCGCACUCAGCCUCAGGCCAGCAGCAACGUGUACAGGAGCGUGUUGAUUUCAGGCAGGAAAAGGCAAGCCUCCGUUAGCGGUGAUGCCAACAAACGGAGCGCAGCGGCUGACUGCAGCCAGGAUCCAGCAGGUGGCGACAUCAGCCCAGUUCCUAUCCGUUCCAGCAGCACCUUGUUGGCUCCGCAGUCCGACAGCGCUGCCUCCACUCCGACCAGCGCCUCCGACAGAAACUUCUCCUCCUCCAUGGAAGAGGACGAACGAGGAGAUCUUAUCCUCUUCUACAACAAUGUCUACAUCAAACACAUGAGAAGCUUUGCUCUGAGAUACUCACCAAGCUCACCGUCUGCUGGGGUGGAGACCCCCCCUCUGUGUCCGUACCCCACCCUGAGGACGGGCUCCCCUCGUCGGAUGCUGCUGUCCAGCAAACACUCCAUUUACAUCUCGCCUCACAGGACAGGCUCCUCCCCCUCGCCGACCCACCGGGAUCGUAUUUCCUACUACAUCUGCACCAGCCCCCCCAACCGCCUCCAUGAAAUCAACAGCAUGAUCCGGACCGGAGAGACUCCCAGCAGGAAGCGCAGCAUCCCCCUAGAGGAGGAGGCGUCCCCGAAACGGGUUUGUCCCGACAGCCACACCACCCUGCUGCGCCGCCUGCAGGACAUCGCCAACGACCGCAGCUCCUCCCACUGACGGCGUCACCAUGGCAACGAGCAGACGGGAUGUUCGACAGCGGAUGUUCUGCUAAAUGUGGGAGUUUGAAGAGAUUUGACCACUUUCUUUUUUUUUUCUCUGAACUAAACUGAACUGAACGUUCCAGUUUCUGAUCUGACCAGAAAAUAUUCUCAGCAGUUUAAGUCUUUUUUUUUUUUAAGGUUUUAUUAAUUAUUAUAAUCACUGACUGCCACAGUUAGAGUUUUUCUGUAAAAGCAAACUUCUUAAUGAACCUCGUCCAUCUGAGCUACUUCAUUUGUUUUGGUCUGGAUUUUUUGUAAGUAAUAUUUUUAAAAACAUCUUUCUUUUUAGUUUGUUUUAUUUUAAAUUAUGUGAUAAAACCAUUUGAACAUGUAUUAAUUUGUCUGAGUGAAGAACACCAGUUUAUAUCCAUAUUCCAUCCAUUUACCUUUUCAUCAUUUCUUUCUCGUUUAAUUUUAUCAGAUAUCUGUUACUAGAUUAUUAUCUACAAUAACAUAAUAUCAUUUUGUUCUAUGUAACUUAAAGCUUACAGGUAGAACAAACAAUUUUCUACAUUAAGUAUAACUUGAGAUUUAGUUUCUGCUUACAUCUUUUUGUCUGUGUAACUAGCUUACCAUCUCCUCUGCUAAGUGUGAGAAAGAUUAUGUAAAUAUUGUGUACAUAAGAGGAGAAAAGCUAUUUAAACGAGGUGAUGUAAAUUAAGUACUUUUUUUACAUCCUGCAAGUUUUUUUGAAGUGUUCAACAAACAAAACAAUAGUUUAAUAAAAAGUUCCAACCCA